GCAUGUCCGGACAGCCGUUGGCUGUCCGGACAUGCUAGGGGUUGUAGUUGUGCCACAGCUGGAGGUCCACAGCUUGAACACCACUGAUCUAAUCUCCUGUCUGAUCACAUGACUAUGACAUCAUCAAAGGUCCUGUAGUUCCUCGGAUAUGACACCAUUUGGCCAGGUCCAGGACUCUCACAGCUGAAGUUUUCCUAUGAAGUACAAUGGUCCUUAUCACCAAUGACCGACCAAGGAUGGACGAUGCCAGAAACCACAUGUCUGGGAGGAUAUUAGACCUCACCCUGGAGAUAAUCUACUGGAUAACUGGAGAGGAUUACACAGUAGUGAAGAAGUCGUCUGGUGAGUGUGUGACCCCCCGUGUGUCAGGAGGGUGGGGCAGGAGCCAGAGCCCCGCCCCCGAGGAGCCUCUACCUCAUUCACUGAUACAUGAGCAGAAGAUCCUAGAACUUACCUCCAGGAUCACUGAGCUGCUGACUGGAGAGGUUCCUAUAAGGUGUCAGGAUGUCGCUGUCUAUUUCUCCAUGGAGGAGUGGGAGUAUUUAGAAGGACACAAGGAUCUGUACGCAGACAUAGUCAUGAUGGAGGAUCAGCAGCCCCUCACAUCACCACUGGAUGGAUCCAGUCAGAGAAAUCCCCCAGAGAGAUGUCCCCGUCCUCUAUAUUCCCAGGAUUGUAAAGAGGAAGAGCAGAAUGUCCCUGUGGAUCAUCAGGAAGAUGAUGGUGGAACGACAAGUGCACUGGAAAAACACAAAUCAUUGUCAGUGAAUGGUGAAGAUUGGAUAAGAGGCUUCCAUGGACAUCGCCUUUUAUUUCCCUAUUAUGCAGUAGAACAGAACGACACAGCACAAGCUAAUUCAGCUUCAACUUCUAAUAUCGUCCUUCAGAGCAGCGAUCUAUCCACCACUCUCACCUGUCACCAGAAACUUUCCUCUGAUCGAUCAAUAAUUGGCAAACAAAGAACUGGUUGUAGUGGGGCAAAAAUAUUUGGGAAAUAUUUGAAAAAGAAAAAAGAGCUGUUUUUAUGUCCCGAAUGUGGGAAAUGUUUCACUCUGAAAGGAAAUCUCAUGGUGCAUCUAAGAACUCACACUGGGAAGAAGCCAUUUUCACGUUCAGAAUGUGAUAGUUGCUUUACCCCGAAACCAACAGUUGUUCAUCCUCCAGCUCCUCAACUAGAGAAGCCGUUUUCAUGUCCUGAAUGUGGAAAAUGUUUUAGCACUAAAUCAGAUCUUGCUAGACACCAUAGAACUCAUACGGGGGAGAAACCAUUUUCAUGCUCUGAUUGUGGGAAGAAUUUUAGUCAGAAGUCAGGUCUUCAGGAACAUCUACAAAACCACACAGGGGUAAAGCCGUUUUCAUGUACAGAAUGUGGGAAAUGUUUUAGCAAGAGAUCAGGUUUCUUAAAACAUCUAAGAAUUCACACUGGAGAGAAGCCAUUUUCCUGUCCUGAAUGUGGUAAGAGUUUGUCAGAAAUCAAAUCUUGUAAAGCAUCUGAGAAAUCACACAGGAGAUAAACCGUUUGCAUGUUCAGUAUGUGAGAAAACAUUUAGCGAUAAAUCUAAACUUGCAAGUCAUUUGAGAAUUCACACAGAAGAGAAACCAUAUUUAUGCUCAGAAUGUGGGAAAUGUUAUAGUGAGAAAUCAAGUCUUAUGGACCAUCUGAGAAGUCACCAAGGAGAGAAGCAAGUUUCAUGUUUAGAAUGUGGCAAAUGUUUUACCAAGAAAUCGAGUCUUUUGAAACACCUAAGAAGCCACACGGGGGAGAGGCCUUUCUCAUGUUCAGAAUGUGGGAAAUGUUUCAGCCUGAAAUCAAUUCUGAUGGAACAUCUAAGAAUUCACACAGGAGAAAAGCCAUUCUCAUGUUCAGAAUGUGGGAAAUGUUUUACCCGUAAAUCGGGUUAUACUCAUCAUCUGAGAACUCACUCUGAGGCAAAGCCAUACUCAUGUCUUGAAUGUGGGAAGUGUUUUCGUAAUAAAGCAACUCUUGUUACGC